AGUAACUCUUGAGAUCUAUCUAUAAGAAUAAACUAGAUCUAUUAUGAAAUUAAUAUAGUAUCAUGUAUGAUUAUCUAGAAAAUCUGGUUACGAAAAUCUCUAGACAUCUAUAGAUUGUUGAAUAGAUCAGACUCAUGAUCAGAUCCAGAACCUAUUAGUCUAAUAAUCAUCUAAUCUAUGAUCUAGAUUAUUAUAGAUAUAUAAGAACUGCUAAUAAUUUAAUGUUAAAUCAUAAUAAAUCUAGACAAUUAUCUAGUUAUAUUUUAUAUUUUGAGACACAUGAACCAGGUUGUUGACAAAAUUACACAGCUGAAAAGCAGAUGAUCUCCCUUGUCUAGACAUUGACAUUUUCUUUUUUUUUUUAGAGUGAAAUAUUGCAUGAUUAUGCCUGCUUUAUUUUUAAAUCUAUUUUAACGUUUAUCCUGCACUUUCCAGUAAAUAAUGUUGACCAGAGGUUCUCAAACUUUUUUUUGAUGUGGAGACCCCUUUUAUAUCUAAUAGAAUUGUCAAAACUUGCCCACGGACCAUAAGGGAAAAAGAUAAAUAAAUGCAUUAUUAUAUAUAAUUUACACAUGCUAAAAAUUAAACAGCCUUUUGUUGAAGAAGUAUUUAUUGAGAGUAUAAAUAUAUUGUUUAAAAAGGAUGAGGUACAUGAGAUUUAAUAAGUGUAUUUAUGUUAGACUCAAUGUUUGUGAGUAGCAGCUACAAAUGUUAACUAGCACACAUUUCUAGACAGUUUUUUUUUUAUGUGAUCAGGCUCAUUACAGCUAUGUAUCCAUGUAGUACCACAUAAGAAGAGGGAAAAGCAACAAUAACCCAUAAUGCAGGAUAUAACAUUGGAAUCUUUUUUUUUUUUCCCAACUGACAUUUCAUCUCCAUGGUGAUUGAUUAAAACAUUUUUUCUAAUGGCUAAAAUUAAAGAAAAAUUCUUCUCACUGGAAAUGAGUCAAGCCUUCAUUGAUAAGACCAAACAGGAGUUGUGCAGGUUAAAAGAGAAUGUUGCACUGAGCCUAAAAAAAGAUAUACAAAGUUUGUUUGAUGAUGAACUUCAUUCUGAUCUGGUCAUAACCAAUGGCUCUGAUGUCAUUUUGGCACAUAAAUGUAUUCUAAAAGCAAGGUCGAGGUCACAUUGGCAGGAUAGCUGGGUCACAAAAACAUUAGAUCCUGAUGGUAAUGAAAUGGAUUGCAUUGAAAUCACUGGGCUUGAUGGAAGAGAACUGAAUGAAUUUAUUAGAGAUCUGUACGUAGUGAGUGACACAAACUGGCUGCUAGAAGAAUAUCACCAUUGUCUACCAGGAGACUCUAGGUCUAUAUCUGAUUAUAGUUCACAAGACACUGACAGUCAUAAGUUGACUAUCACAAGUCAACAAGAAAAAAUUCCAGUGAAGGAUCAUGUGAUUAGCAUCAGACCUGAGCAAAUAACAAAUCUCAGAGAUGAUGCCAAAGAAGGUGAUAUUUCAUCCGCUCUUCCCCAAAGUGUUUUGGACUGCUCAAUGUUGAUCAGUACAAGUGAAUCAGAUACUUCUAAUUCUCAAAAGUUAAUUUCUGCAGAUGGAGAUAUGUGUGUCAGCGUUGCCUUUGAUAGUUCAGGUAACUCUGUUGUUAGUGAUCAAGAAGUGCAAAGCAUGAGAGAUAGUAUUGAAGUGAAGCAAGAUGAGAUCUUGACUCUGUCCUGCAGCAUAUCAGAAAAACUGGAUGAAGUCUGCUCACAAGAAGCUAAGAUGAUCUUUAACAAUAACAAUAAGUGCACUACUACAAAUAUAUGUGAAAAAACUGAGAAUGAGCCUAGUGCUACCAAAGAUGCUCUGUGGAGGGCCAGUGUUGAAAAUGGACGUAGUAAGUCCAGAGAGGUUCUCACAGAUGACAGUAAACAAUCCAGUGUUUCAUUUCAAAGUGACUCAAGUAUGUUUGGCAAUGUUGAGACUUGCACAACUGAUGUGAAUGGUAGCUCUGUUGAUAGUUAUAGCAAGUCUCCUGAAAAAAUAGAAGUGUCGGACAUUGCCAGCACAUUGAAUGAUGAUAAGAAAGAAAAGAGAGAGUUAACGAAAGGUGAUAUCCUCACUGACCAAACAUCUGACUCUGUUUCUCUUCCUUAUGAAACAUGCAGCCCUCUAGGGAAAGACCUACUGCAGCUAUACCUUGAAGAGACUGAUUGUGAUUGCUGCUUAGCUGUUGAUGGAAUAAAGUUUCUUGUCCACAAGUGUGUACUGUCUACUCGUAGUGAAUAUUUCCAGGCUAUGCUAGGAGGCCAGUGGUGUGAAAGUAAGAUGGAGGCAAUCAACCUUGAAGGAGUCACACCCCAAGCUGUUGAGCAGCUGCUGUUGUUUCUCUAUGGGGGUGUCUUAGAGAUCUCCACCCCUUGUGAGCUGACAGAUCUAUUCAUUGUAGCUGAUAUGUAUGGGAUAGCAUCACUGAAAAAGGUCUUGGCUUUUUACCUGAGGAAAGACCUCUGUCAUUUUUUCCACAAGCCUUGCUUUGUGUGCACUGGCAAGGCAGCAGAAGCUCUGAGCUUGUGUUACAACUUUAACUUAGUUGAACUUCAGGAUAGAGUGGUCAAGUGGGUGGCCAAGUACUUCACAAAAAUCUGGCCAACAAAGUCCUUUGCCUCACUUCCGGAAAGUGUGCAAGAUUUGAGUGUUGAGGGUAUUAAAUCACAGAUGACAAGUAAAAAUGUUUUGGACAUUAUCAUGGAGUGCAACAAACUAAUAGAUACACUUCCUCGCAUUAAGUGGACAGAGAGUGUCCUCUGCCUCCUGACUCAGCUGAUGGACACUGCCAUAGAGUUUACUUCUUCCCACUUUAUUGAAGUCAUCUCAACACAAGAAUUUCAGCAGUGGGCCAAGGUGGCCUCAUGGAAAGCUGGUGUCUUGGAGGAAAUUUUCAACACUGUUAUUGACUCUUUGCCAAUUAACAUCUCCUGCCAGGUCUAUGAGAAACUAACCAACUUGGAAGCUGACCUUUCUGUUCAAGAAACUUCAGAUAUGGAUGUUGUUGGACUGCUGCAAGCUAUGAUAAAACGUUGUGAGAAGUUUUUCAAAAUCCACAUCAACCAAAUCAUGAGGACCAAAGACUGGGCGCAGCUGCGGAAACCUCUGCAGUCUAAAAUUUUGGAAAGUUCAGCCUAUAUGUAUUUAGGAGAUGUAACACUUUCAUCUGCUAAGUCAAAAUUUGCUUCGAGACAGAAAGUUUCCACCUCUGUACCAGGGAAUAAAAAAGUGCUCCUACGAUCCAUAAGUAGCCACCAUAGUAACACCCUGGCAGAUAAAUCUACAAAAGCUGGUCAAUCAGUUGUUCAGCUGAGAAAUCCAAGUGGCACUUCACAAAAAGAACGACCUAAAAGCAGUAUCACUCUUUUAGAACAAGCUAAGAGGCUAGAAAAAAGUGAAAAAAUGUCAACUUCUAAAAAUGUGCUUCAGCCUAAGACACGCUAUACAAUUGCAAGCUUUGGUUCCAGACUGCCAAGGGCAGAACCAAUAAAUAGCAGCCAUAUAGCAAAAGGAGAUGUAAGCAACAAACCAACAGUUUCAGAAAGCAGCUCCACUAGUUCAAAUACAAAACUAUCAAUUAUUGAAGGGGUAGCACAGAGCGACAAAAAUGGUGAUCAGGCUUCAUGUUCACACCCAGUAUCAUCACAUCAGAUAUCUGCAGCAGACACUAAUACAUCAGCUUCAUCUUCCAGCACUAAAUGUUUACCUUCUCGAAUUCCUAUGUUGACCAGAUCUCCUAAAGUAAACAGACCAAAACAUGUUUCAAAGAAUGAAAACUCUGAUCAGCCAUCCUCUGUCUCACAGAAUCUGGCUUUAGAGGGUGAGGAGACAGAAUUAUCCAUAUCUAUUGGUAGUGAUAAAUCUGUAGAGACAAAGCUGAGGAAGAAUUUUGUGGAUGCUGAAGUUGUGGACAUGUCCAGCUCAGCUACAUGGUCUGAAAAAAGUGAGAUGACAGAGUCAGCUUUAUCUACUUCAUUGUCAAUGGUAAGUCCUCCUAUGGAGCACUCGGAUGCUAUUACCAACCAAGCUGUAGCAAACAUAAGCAGUGAGCUAACUGCACCUGUUAAUAUAGUAACUAUGAGCAAGACACUGAAUAUAGGUUUUACAGUUCCUGCUGAAUGAAUAUUUGUUACUAGAGCUGAUCUCAAUACAAAUAAAAACUCAUAGCUGUAUUUAUUGAACCAAAUCAAUAUAAUAAUCUCACCUAAUUUAACUGCUGAUUUAAGUGAAUCAAUGGAGUUUAUCCUUUUUAUAAAAAAUGUAUUGUCAAAAAAUAUAUUUACAUGAAAAUUUCAACGUAAAAAUUACAAUUCUUAGGAUAAUAUCAUAUGCACAAUUGCAUAAUUGUAACUUUCCUAGCCUAGAGGUGCUAUUUUAUUUCAGUCAGUGGCUCUUAAUUUGAUGAAUAAUCAGCUUUUCGCCUUCCUUGAUCAACAUUUUUUGGGGAAACUAUUAAAGCUUUAAGAUGUAGUUCUUGUCAUGUACAGCCUGUGAGGGACAAACACUCCAAGGGUGAAGGAUGCUUCAUGUGAUGGUGCAAUAUUUUAUUUGUUCUUUUUAUUUCUUUGACACAUGGAAAAG